UCAAAUAUUCUUCAGUCUUUGGCCAGCUCCCUAACCGAUUUGACCUGCUCCAGAGCUCCACUCGUUUUCGGUGAAAUAAGAAUCAUAAAGUCGGGCAUUUGGAAAAGAACGUGCCCUUCGUACAGACAACACCAUUAAAACAUUUGUUUAAAUAGAUACACAAAUCUGACAUGACCCUCAGGGAUUGGGCAUAUCGCCUGCUGCCGGGUCUGAAGUGGCUGCACGGCUACACGGGCCAGGAUGCAGUGGCGGAUCUGAUAGCCGGAGUGACGGUGGGACUCACGGUGUUGCCCCAAGGAUUGGCUUAUGCGACAUUAGCUGGGCUGCAACCACAGUAUGGCCUGUACUCCGCGUUUGUGGGCGGCAUCGUUUACGCAAUGCUGGGCAGUUGCCGGCAGGUGACGAUUGGACCAACGGCACUGCUAGCACUGAUGACCAGCCGGCACACGGGCUUCGGUUUAGGAUCGGGUCCUGCCUACGCGAUCCUGCUGUGCCUCAUCUCUGGCAUAGUGGAGCUGGGGAUGGCAGUGUUGAAGCUGGGCGCCCUGGUGGACCUAAUAUCACUGCCUGUCACUGUGGGAUUUACAUCCGCCACCGCCGUAAUCAUUGGCACCUCGCAGCUUAAAGGUUUACUGGGCCUAAGAGGAGGAUCUGGCUCUGAUUUCAUCAACACCAUGCGCUCGGUAUUCGGAAACCUACAUGAGGUGCGAAAAGGCGAUUUCUCGCUAGGAUUGGUGUCCAUCAUUGUUCUGUUGCUGCUGCGGAAACUCAAAGACGUGAAGCUGGACGGAAGAAUACGGAGUUUGCGGACGCAGCAGCUGAUAAGCGGUAGCAUCUGGGUGAUCGCCACCGGUCGGAAUGCUCUGGUAGUGCUGGUCACCAGUGUGCUGGCCUACAGCACGUGCGAGCAAAUGGAGACCUGUCCUUACAUUCUCACCGGAAAGGUGAAGAGCGGUCUGCCCAACGUCUCGCUACCUAAACUCGAGACUACCAUUCUAGACAGGAAUGGCACCGAGAUCAGGCAGAACUUUCAGCAGAUGGUCUCGGAAUUGGGUCCUUCCAUGCUUAUACUGCCCAUAAUUGCUGUGCUGGGCAACGUGGCCAUUUCGAAGGCCUUCGGAGGAUCCGGACUGAGUCCUACGCGAGAACUGGUUGCUCUUUCGAUGAGCAACAUUUGUGGGGCUUUUUGCAGUUCCAUGCCGGUGACAGGAUCCUUCUCGCGCAGUGCUGUUAACCACGCGAGUGGAGUAAGGACUCCCCUUGGCGGCUGCUACACGAGCGUACUAGUUCUGCUAGCGCUGGGACUGCUGGCACCCUAUUUCCAGUACAUCCCAAAAGCUGCCCUCAGUGCGGUCAUUAUUUCGGCAGUGAUAUUCAUGAUUGAGUUCGAGGUCAUCAAGCCGCUGUGGCGCUGCAGCCGGCGAGAACUGCUCCCGGGUGCCAUUACCUUCGUAAUGAGCCUGGGAGUGGGGGUCGAAAUCGGCCUCUUGCUGGGCGUGAGUGCCGAUGUGGCCUUCCUGGUUUACCGGGCCGCCCGUCCCGAUCUGAGUGUCUCCAAACUUCAGACCUGUAACGGCAUCAACUACAUACUGAUACGUCCAAAACACAGUUCGCUGUACUUUCCGGCCAUUGAGUGGGUUCGCUCAGGAAUCUCCAAAGCUCUCACCACGCACGGAACCGCUCCUGUUGUCCUGGAUUGUGCUCAUGUGCACGAUUUCGAUUUCACGGCAGCUCGAGGCAUGGGAUCGUUGCAAAAGGAACUCGCUAAGGCGAAUGUGCCCUUGUUCUUAAUGAGUGCCCACAAGGACAUUGGUGUAAUCCUGAAGGAGUCGACCAACUUUGAUUUUCCAACGAUAGAGUGCCCCGAUGACUUGGAAUUCCUUUUAGAACAAACUCCCGAUUAUGUUCUGCAUUUGCAGAUCUCAGUUCCGCUUGUCGAGUCGCGUCUGGUACAUUGCGAUGCCGGAGAACCAACUGAACUGAGUAAACUUAAUGGAAAAACUACUUAAAAAUCAGAAAGCUCAUAUUAGAGCAAGUCAGGAUAUUGUUAAAUUUAUAUGUACUUGCGGCACAAAAUCUUAUUUAUGGCAAGUUCACCUGCAUUGCCUAACACUAGUUCAUUAAAAUUCUAUAAGAAAUUCUUUUUGGCAUAUGAAGCUCUCUUAAAUUCCUAUUGCUUUAGUAUGAAGCUCUCUUAAAUUCCUAUUGCUUUAGUAUUUAUCUCGACCACAUUUCAUGUCCAACUAUUCCAUUCCUGUGUUAUUUUCCCUCAAAUAUAUUAAGUUUACAUUGUACAUAUAUAUAUCUACGUAAGGCUUACAUAAUUGUUUAAAAUAUUGUUUUUAAUUACAGUUUUAUAUACUUGUUCUUGAAUUAAAAAAGUUGUAUUAUAAUCUGUUUUGUCUGUGCUCGUUAAAAUUGUAUGUUGAACAUAAGGCUAAUAAAAUCAAGCUUAAAACUAUGCACCCUAAAUUUAGAAAACAUAUUUCAAGAAAAUAGCCCAAUGCAUAUCCCCAAAAGGCUGCACCAAAUUGUAAAAGUAAAACAAUUUUUUUUUUAAGUUUUUUAUUCAAUCUUAAAAAAUGCGCAUUUAUUUGAUAUUUGUUAUCUAUAAGAACUGAUGCCAAUGUUAAACCGGCGAAUAAAACUAAUUUUUACAUGCGUAGACAAAAUUAAAAAGACAAAAUUAAAAGAAAUUACAAAAAUAGUUUCAGCUUGUUUAAAUAAAAAACAUUCGAAGGCAAUAAAUAGCAAUGAGUAAGGUCUAUGGUAGCUC